AUGGCCUUCUUGUCUAACGCCGUUCUAAUUCUUUUUAUUGUUACCGCGACUGUUGUGCUUCUCCCGCAACUUGUGGGAAGCCUGGUCGGUCUGGUCUUUCGCGGCGUGGGAUGGCUGAUUCGCCGACGAACACGCUCUCGCCGUGAAUACGUGAUCGCGCGGGCGCGGUCUGAGGAGGAGGAAGGUCGGGCACCGCGCGCUAAGGACUCUACGCAUUCACUCGCCAGGAAUCAGGAAGAUGAGGACUGGGAGAAGGUGGACAACACUAGUGGGGUGAAGACUGCGAGCAGCAGUGAGAGCGGUGGCGGUGAAGAUGCUGAGUGGGAUGGUAUUAUUGGAUUUUUCCAUCCUUUCUGUAACGCCGGUGGUGGUGGAGAACGAGUGCUCUGGGAAGCCGUGCGCGCAACGCAAAAGCGUUGGCCGAAGGCUAUUUGUGCCAUCUACACUGGUGACCAUGAGGUGAACAAGGCGACUAUGUUGGAGCGCGUGGAAACCCGGUUCAACAUUCAUCUGCAUGCCCCGACUGUGGUGCUGCUCUAUCUGACAACGCGCAAGUACGUUGUCGCUAGCUCAUACCCCUACAUGACCCUUUUGGGACAGUCGCUGGGAUCUCUGGUGGUUGCAUACGAUGCCUUCACACUGCUGGUGCCGGAUGUGUUCGUGGAUACCAUGGGCUAUGCCUUCACCUUGGCAUUCAGCAAGUGGCUCUUCCCUGCAGUCCCAACCGGUGCCUAUGUUCAUUACCCUACCAUUUCAACCGACAUGCUCGCUUCUCUCGACGACCAGAGUGGCGUGCAGGGUAUAAACUCCGGUGCUGGGAAGGGCCUGAAGGGCGCCGUCAAGCGCCGAUACUGGCAGCUAUUCGCCCGGCUGUACGGCUGGGUCGGCCGACACGUGGACGUUGUCAUGUGCAACUCCUCUUGGACAUCGGCGCACAUCCGUAAACUCUGGGGCAACUCGAAGAGUGCAGACAACGGUGAAGGUGAUGGAACCGCAGCCUCACCUGCCGUUGUCUUCCCACCCACAGCCGUAUCCGAGCUUGAGUCAACCAUCGAGGUCACCGCAGAGAGCGAAAGAACCCGCCGCCCCGUCCUGCUCUACAUCGCGCAGUUCAGACCCGAGAAAAACCACCCGCUAGUCCUGCGCUCAUUCGCACGUUUCCUCCAAGAACGAGCCAAGGACCCAGCCAACGCUGAUAAACCACCUCCUCAACUCGUUCUCAUCGGCUCAGUCCGCCACGCCAGCCCAGACGAAACACACAUCUACAACCUUCGUCUCCUGGCCCAUGAACUCCGCAUUCGUGAUAACACCACCUUCCUCUGCGACGCCAGCUGGCCCGCCGUCCUCUCUCACCUCAGCACCGCCUCCGUCGGCGUGAACGCAAUGUGGAAUGAGCAUUUCGGCAUCUGUGUCGUCGAGUACCAAGCCGCAGGUUUGAUUUGCGUGACACACGACUCCGGCGGUCCGCGUGAGGAUAUCGUCGUUGAUCUUGGCGACGGAGCGACCGGGUUCAGAGCUGAGACCGAGGAGCAAUUCGCGGGCGCGUUUGAGGCAGCGCUUGCGCUUCCGGAGACAGAGAAGGUUGCUAUGCGUCAGCGGGCGAGGAGAUCGGCGUUGAGAUUUACGGAGGAGGAAUUCUCGCGCAAGUGGCUGCGACAGGUGGAGAAGUUGGUGAAGGCUUCCAAGUAG